AAUUGAAUUGUGAACUAUAGAAACGCAAGAAGAAGCAGCACGUGCAAUUGCAAUGAAGUUCGAAGGAAAUGUUUAUAAAUAAAUUAUAAAAAAUAAAUACCAAAAAUAAUGGCAAAAAAAGAAAUCAAAACCGAGCAAAAGUCGGUCGCAUCGCAGCAUAAAAUCAAAGCUAAGAAGCGAAAACAUGUAGCGAAGGAAAAUGACGAAGAAAUUGCCAGCAAGAGCUUGAUUGUGGAAUCACUGGAAGGAACUGCAGUUGAAGAGACUUUAGGAAAAGGAUUAAAGCGAAAAAAUAAAGAAAAAGGUGUAAUUAAAGAGAAACGUAGCAAGCACACAGCUACUACACAAGAUGGGCAAGCCCCCAUGGAGGAUUAUGCUGAAGAGGAGGCACAUGAACCCACAUUGGAAGAGUUGCGGGAAAGUGAAAAGCCAGAAAAUGUAAUUGCCGUCGUAACCGUACGUCAAAAGAAAAAACAAAAGCACCAGGAGCGCAUCGAAUCAAUGAAGGAUCAAACGAUCAGCAAAGAGCGUUUUCGUAACGAAGAGUACCUGCGUAAAUGGAAAAAUUCACGUGCUGAGUGGAAAUUUGAAAAGUUGCGACAGAUUUCUAUACAGCAAACUGUUUUUGAUGAGGAAAAAAUUUGCGCAGAGAUGUGGCCAAUUGCACUAGAGUACUUGUCAGGCUCAAAAGGAGCUGCUAAGGCACAAAUAAUCAAAUUGGCUGAGCAAUGCAUUGAAGAACUCGACAAGCAAUGCGCCGAACAGAGCAGCGAUGAAGAACACAAAGUUAUCAUUGAUUCUUCGCGUUAUCAGCGUGCACGAGAUUUGUUACAGAGCUUCGACUAAGGAACUGGAAAAGGCAUUGUACUAGGCACUAGCAUGUAAAUAGUUUUAAAGAUUUAUGUUGAAAAAA